AUGCAACGCCCAACGAACAACCCAAUGAUGACAUGUGGUCUUCCAGGCAGGCAGCAGCAAGCGCCCGCUAACAAUAAUCAUUUCGGCCCCCGUCUUAUGCCCAGCAACAUGGGUACUUGCUUCGGCCCCGUCGGCCACACCCACCAAGUCUAUCGACCCAGCCCUUGCUUCAUGUCUAUGUCAAACCUCCGGACGACUUAUCCCAAUCAGACGACACCAUCUUCCCGCUACGAUCCGUGUUUCAAA